CUCAAUCCGGUUCUCAAUGCACAAGAAGAAACUCAGACACGAUGACUAUACUGUCGCAUGGAUCUGCCCCCUGGAAGUAGAGCAAGUUGCAGCUCUGGAAAUGCUGGAUGAAGAGCAUCAACGACUGCCACAAACAGAAAGCGAUCACAAUGCCUACAUUCUCGGGAGCAUCAACAAUCACAAUGUCGUAAUCGCUGGUCUCCCUACAGCAGGAAACUAUUCAGCUGCCACAGUCGUUGCACAAAUGCGAAACACCUAUCCUCGACUACGAUUUGGUCUUCUUGUCGGCAUAGGAGGCGGCGUACCAACCAAGACAGAGCAAGGGCCGAUCCGACUUGGGCAUAUCGUGGUCAGCAAGCCAGCGGGCCAGCACUCGGGAGCGUUGCAGUAUGAUCAUGGCAAGGCAGAAGCCAUGGAGUUUGUCCGAACUGGCUCUCUUGCUCCACCACCAAAUGUCUUGCUGAACGCAGCACGCGAAUUACAAGUCUCCCGCCGCAGACUCUCGGCAGACCCUUUGGCUACUCAUCUCCAACCACAAUCACACAAGAACCUGUGUUUUGAAAUGGAAGCCGCUGGAGCACUAAACGACUUUCCAUGCUUGUUGCUGCAGCCUAUGCGAGAGAAGCUCUUCCAGCACAUGCCUGUGGAUGAGGUCAGGCAGUGCAAGUUUGCCGAGGCAGAUCUGGAAGAGAUGGUAAAGAACACCCGAAACUUCGCAAACUAUAGCGUAGACUUGCGCGUCAAAGAAUGGCUCAGACCUAGCGAUGCUUCAAGCAACUAUAUCAAUGCGUCUCAAUCACGCCACCCGAACACAGGUCUCUGGUUCCUAAAGAGCGAUCGGUGUGGAAAGACUGUGCUCACUUCAACAAUCAUUGGGGAUCUCAAGCCCAUCAUGCGAACGUCGGACGCAGCCAUCAUCUACUUCUUCUUCUCGUUCAGUGACGCAUCGAAACAGAAGCUAGGUGAUAUGCUGCGCUCCUUGAUCUUCCAGCUUGCUGGAUGGCAUGAUACCACAAGGAGCCACUUGGAAAGACUGUUCGAAGCCAGUCGUCAGGGUCGCGAGCAACCGCGCACAACAGAGCUUUUCGAAGUCUUCAACCAGAUGGUGAGCGAGUCACAAGAUGUCACCGUUGUCCUCGAUGCGCUUGACGAGUCCAGAGACCGGGAUGAUCUCUUACACUGGAUCACUUCCUUGUCCAAUCGAACUUGUAAAUUUGUAUUGAUAAGCCGUUCGGAAAGAGACAUUGAGGAGUCUUUUGCCUCGUGGCUAUCUCCCAAUCAUAUCAUAACAUUGGAGAACGAGCCGGUGGGUGAGGACAUCCGAGCAUAUGUCCGCCACAGACUCGAAGAAGAGAAGAACCUAAGCCGCUGGAAAUCCAUGCAUGAAGAUAUCUCAAGCACCCUUGUCGACAAAGCAGCUGGCAUGUUUCGAUGGGUCUAUUGCCAGCUCCAAGAACUUUCAACUUGCAUGGACAAGCCUGCUGUGCGACGAAUGUUGCAGACACUCCCUGCCAAUCUGAACGAAUCAUAUGACCGCAUUCUACAGAACAUACCCGCCUCACGCGUACCCAAUGCCAUCAAACUUCUACAGCUCCUUGCUUUCUCAGAACAGCCGUUGCGAUUAGUGGAACUCAUAGAUGCUGUGGCUACAGAACCCGAUAUGGAACCACCGUUUGACGUAGAGAACCGUGUCUCGCCACCUGAUGCCAUCAUCGGGUAUUGUUCGAAUCUUGUGAGAAUCGCAAUCGUACACGAAGAGCACUUCAGAAAAUCGGCCGGCGACGAGUAUAGAGGGCAGUUCUUCAAAUAUAAAGACCAGAACGAAGAUCAAGAGGAGAUGACUGUACAGCUGGCACACUUCUCGGUGCGGGAAUAUCUGCUUCUGAAUCAUGGGGGCAUACCUNACCAUCAAUAUUUUGAAGAAACAGUCGCAAAUGCUGCAAUCACUCGAAUCUUUCUAGCAUAUCUAUGGACGGCCGCAGAGGAACAAAGAGCCCCACGGAGUACUUUUCCAUUGUUCCAAAUUGCUGCCGCAACUUGGAUGCAUAAUCUAAAAAAAGCUGGCGAGGAUAAUUCCACUCUUGCAUGGACUCGCAGAUUCUUCACCAAAGGUAGUUUUCUGCAACAUUGGCUGCGACACUAUAAAUAUGAAGAAGCUAGUCCGGGUUCUGCACUGUACUAUGCAUCAUGGUUUGGGCUCCAGCGAACUGUCGAAAAUCUACUAGACCUGGGUGCUGAUCCCAACGCUCAAGGUCAUAAAUUCGGCAAUGCACUCCAAGCUGCCUCGGCCUCUGGAAACCUGCAAAUAACACAAAUGCUGCUAGAUCGUGGUGCCCGAGUCAACACUAAAGGCGGUGACUAUGGAAGUGCACUCCAUGCCGCAGCAUCGCGCGGACACCUCAACAUACUGCGCUUACUAUUCAUGCACGGCGCUGAUGUAGGCGCUCUGGAAUGGAAUGACGGAAAAAUAAGCUGCAGUAUUGCACCUGCGCUUCAAAUUGCUGCUUACAAAGGGCAUACAGAAGUCCUGAAAACGUUAUUGCAGCACGGUGCAGAUGUCAACGCACGACACACGCAAGUUAACAUAUGGGCAGGCUUUAAUGCUUAUUAUACAGCGCUCGAGGCUGCAUCCCAUCAGGGUCGCACCGAAGUGAUUAAGAUCUUGUUGGAAAGCGAUGCCGAGAUUGACACUAGAGCGCCUAUCGAUGCGAGUCGUGAUGGUCACAACGGAGGAAGCUACGGAUACGGAACGCCACUUCAAGCAGCUUCAGAUGAGGGACAUCUAGACAUCGUACGGAUCUUGGUGGAAAGUGGUGCUGACAUCAACAUCGAAAGCGGAUGCCAGGGCUACGCACUCCAUGCCGCACUGUCUAGCGCUCAUACAGAAGUGUCGCUGUUUCUAAUAGAAUCGGGCGCGGACAUCCACGCAUGUGGCGGUUUUUAUACAACAACCCUUCACGCCGCCCUGGACGGUGGUGAUCUCGCGAUGAUGAGACUGCUUAUCGAGAGGGGAUUGGAUGUCAAGCAGGCCAGGCACGAUGGAAAAAUCCCACUGGAGUGCGCUUGCGACAUUGGGAAUGCCCACAUCGUAGAACUGCUGCUCGACAAAGGUGUCGAUGUUAACGACCAAGCUGGAUAUUACGGUAGCGCUCUCCAGCCUGUGUGUGCAGCCCCAGACUUCAGUAGACAUCCAAAGAUUGUACGGCUACUGAUUAAAAACGGUGGAGAGCCAAACGCACAAGGGGGCUUUCACGGCACUGGGCUCUGCCCUGCCUCUUUCAAUGGAUGUGUAGCGGUAGUAAGAAUGCUUCUAGGAGAAGGUGCCGAUGUCAACGCUCCUAGCAGAAGACAUGACUCUCCACUAUGUGCUGCGGCUCAGUGUGGCCAUGUCGGAGUUGUGCAGAUACUCCUAAAGGACAAUGCAUUCGCUGUAAAUCGUGGAAGUUCGUACUGGUCUGCUCUUAACGAAGCCAUGAAACAACCGGUGAGGAGUAUAGCGGAAUUGCUGUUCAAAGCAGGAGCUAGAGAGCAGCUAGCAAGGACUAAACCUUGGUUGAGGCGUUCGUCAUCGGUUUCUAGCUUUUGCUCGGCCGCGGAACGGCAAUCUGAGGAAGAAAGGGUCACAAACAUCAAACCCAUGGGAACCAGAAGGCAUUCUCUCGAUGGUCAGAAUCUAGCUGCUCUAGAUGAUGCUUUCGAACAGGAUCGCAAGAAGAAAGCAGAUUUGUUUUUCGAAGCAGGUGCCGUUGAGGGGCCAGUAACAACUAAAUCACGAUUGAAGGAGCAAAAGAGGAGGAUUCGUACUAAGAAGAAGAAGAAGAAGAAGAAGAAGAAGAAGAAGAAGAAGAAGAAGAAGAAGAAGAAGAAGAAGAAGAAGAAGAAGAAGAAGAAGAAGAAGAAGAAGAAGAAGAAGAAGAAGAAGAAGAAGAAGAAGAAGAAGAAGAAGAAGAAGAAGAAGAAGAAGAAGAAGAAGAAGAAGAAGAAGAAGAAGAAGAAGAAGAAGAAGAAGAAGAAGAAGAAGAAGAAGAAGAAAAAGAAGAAGAAGAAGAAGAAGAAGAAGAAGAAGAAGAAGAAGAAGAAAAAGAAGAAGAAGAAGAAAAAGAAGAAGAAGAAGAAGAAGCUCCACCAAAUCUCAUCAGUAGCAGUGACGGCAGGACUUGAGAGUAGGACUGGUUUACAAUUUGAAGUGCUACGCAAGAGAUAUCGGCUGUUAAGG